AUGCCUUCCUCAAAGAAAACAAACGUAUCCCAUCGUGUUGUUUGUCAAUGUAAAGCCCGAGAAUGCUACCUUGGCAGCUUUAUUGAUGCUUACGGAGAGCGCCAAUGUGGGGUUGAGGUCUUACCCUCAACUCGUGAUGCUCACGUGCUUGCUGAUCGACGCAUGCAAGCACUUCAAGGAAUCUCUGGCCAGGAUUUACCGUCAACCAGCACCCGAGAUCAGCCCUCUGAAGAUUUGGUCACCUUUUUGGCACGAUUGCAUAUCCCCUCCAUGGAUUCACACUCCCCGUUGAUGGCCUCUGAGAGAGCUUCUACUUACCAACCGAUCAACACCAAUCAGCGUAUAACACUUCCCCGUCCAAGUCCCUUGCCCUUUGUCUCAGGUAGUGUAGAAAUCAAUUCACCAGCGAGAGAGCCUGAACCUACAGAAUCUUCCUCCAAUGAGGACUUGUCCGGUCAUGCAUCUGAUGAUCAUGAGAUAGCUUCAUCCAUUUAUGAUUGUGAUCAAUUUUAUAUAUUCAGCUUGAAAGCCAUCAACCCACUUCUCCUUCAUGUGGCGCUCACUAGCUCCAUCCUGGUUAUCUUCGAUAAUCUUUCUUUUAGAACAGCCUCGUGGCUUAUGGAUGUACAGCGUAUUACUAUUGAGCUGUCAAUGACCUUAGGACUUCUUCCCAACCAGUCUCCUGGCGCAAUCUCAGCCUCAGAGCUGAAGAUUUUCAACCGAAUUCCCAAGACUCUAGCUACUGCCAUCGACGUCAAAAAUGAAGAGCAAAUACACCAACCCAUCUCAACUGCUGAACUAUUACAGCUUUUAGCUGAACACUCUGAUCCUCUGCCACCCAAAAACUACGUGAAGGACCCUGAAGAUCUUGAGGACGACGAAGACGGCGAAGAGGAUGGCCCGGAAGAGAUUUCGCUCAGAGGACAUCUUAGGUUUAAAAUGUUGCACAUCACACUGUUCUACAAGUCCUGA